AUGCUUUACGGAAAGACGUCAAUCUGCUUAUUCUUCCUCAUCAUUGGAACAUCAGUGUUCCCGAACGGCAGUUCAACAGGGUUAGCCUACGCGAAGCCUAUGGGAGUAGGGACGGGUAUAUUAAUGGGAUUGGAUUUCCUAAACAACAUAAUGUCUUUGAAUAAGCAGCCUGAAAUGAACAUGCCAGACAUAAUCUACGGAUCACUCACCAACAACAAAGACAACAUAAUUCGAAACGAAAAUGUAAAUGGUUCGAUCUCUUUCGGAUCAAAUACUGUGCAAAAUGGUAACGUUUAUGGAGGUCAACCGCCUUAUGAUAACUCUAAUUACUCUGAUAACUCUGGUAACUCUGAUAACUCUAAUGGCUAUCAGAAUUAUUAUUGA